GGAGCCGAGUCGCCGUCGCCGCCGCCGCCUCCAGCGGACGGGGCGGGGAUCCCGGUGCCAGGUCCUUGUCGGCCCGCCCCUGCCGCCUCAGUCGGCCGUCCCGGGCUGGGCCCGACCGUCAUGGAGCGGGGCGGGACCUCCGCCUGCUCCGUGUGAGGCGCGUCGCCGCCGCCCCCGCCUGCGCCUUUCCAGCCCUCCCGAACCCCCGCCGCCGCCCGGAGCCCCUCGCCCUUGGCAGCCUGUCGCCGCCCCCCUCCCCCCGGGCGGGUUCGUAUGCGCGUCCGGUGAAGGUGCAGGCCCGGCGCCGCCGCUGCCGCAGCUGGGAGAUGGUUCGGGCCUAGCGGAGCAGGGAUUGGAGCAACAUGAACCGUGAAGACCGAAAUGUGCUGCGUAUGAAAGAACGGGAAAGGCGGAAUCAGGAAAUUCAGCAGGGCGAAGACGCCUUCCCACCUAGCUCUCCUCUCUUUGCCGAGCCAUACAAAGUUACUAGCAAAGAAGAUAAGCUAUCAAGUCGUAUUCAGAGUAUGCUUGGAAAUUACGAUGAAAUGAAGGAUUUCAUAGGAGACAGAUCUAUACCAAAGCUUGUUGCAAUUCCCAAGCCUACAGUACCGCCGGCAGCAGAUGAAAAAUCGAACCCGAAUUUCUUCGAACAGAGACAUGGGACCUCUCAUCAGAGUAGCAAAUGGACUCCAGUAGGACCUGCACCCAGUACUUCUCAGGCUCAGAAACGGUCCUCAGGCUUGCAGAGUGGACACAGCAGCCAGCGGACCAGUGCCGGUGGCAGCGGUGGCACCAGCAGUGGUGGCCAGAGGCAUGACCGUGACUCAUACAGCAGUAGUGGAAGCAGUAAUCGGAAAAAAGGCCAGCAUGGGUCGGAACACUCCAAAUCACGCUCUUCCAGCCCUGGAAAACCCCAGGCUGUGUCUUCAUUAAGCUCCAGUCAUUCCAGGUCUCACGGGAAUGAUCACCAUAGCAAGGACCAUCAGCGUUCCAAAUCCCCUCGGGACCCUGAUGCAAACUGGGAUUCUCCCUCCCGUGUACCUUUUUCAAGUGGGCAGCAUUCAAAUCAGUCUUUCCCACCUUCAUUGAUGUCAAAGUCCAGUUCAAUGUUACAGAAACCCACUGCCUAUGUGCGGCCCAUGGAUGGACAGGAGUCCAUGGAACCAAAGCUGUCCUCUGAGCACUACAGCAGCCAAUCCCAUGGCAACAGCAUGACUGAACUGAAGCCCAGUAGCAAAGCACAUCUCACCAAGCUGAAAAUACCUUCCCAACCAUUGGAUGCAUCUGCUUCUGGUGACGUGAGCUGUGUGGAUGAAAUUCUUAAAGAGAUGACGCAUUCAUGGCCUCCCCCUCUAACGGCUAUUCAUACACCAUGCAAAACAGAACCUUCCAAAUUUCCUUUUCCAACUAAGACAUCUUCCAGGGAGAACUACACAAGAGGGGAGGAGGAAAGAUACAAUCCUUCUUCUAAAACUUCAAAUGGACACCAAUCUAAAUCUAUGUUAAAAGAUGACUUAAAACUAAGCAGCAGUGAAGACAGCGAUGGGGAGCAGGAUUGUGAUAAGACAAUGCCAAGGAGUACACCAGGAAGUAACUCUGAACCUUCACACCAUAAUAGUGAAGGAGCUGAUAACUCCAGGGACGAUUCUAGCAGCCACAGUGGAUCUGAAAGCAGCUCUGGAUCUGACUCAGAGAGUGAAAGUAGCUCCAGUGACAGCGAGGCAAAUGAGCCGUCCCAGAGUGCAUCUCCUGAGCCUGAACCACCACCAACAAACAAAUGGCAACUUGAUAAUUGGUUGAAUAAAGUGAACCCACAUAAAGUGUCACCAGCUUCUUCUGUGGACAGUAACAUCCCAUCAUCUCAAGGCUAUAAAAAGGAAGGCCGAGAACAGGGCACCGGGAAUAGCUACCCUGAUCCAGGUGGACCUAAAGAAACUAGUUCUGCUACUCCUGGACGAGACUCCAAAACUGUCCAAAAGGGAUCAGAAAGUGGGCGAGGGAGGCAGAAGUCCCCUGCACAGAGUGACAGCACAGCACAGAGGAGAACUGUAGGCAAAAAACAACCCAAAAAGGCUGAGAAGGCAGCCGCUGAAGAGCCCCGGGGAGGCCUGAAGAUAGAAAGCGAAACCCCUGUAGACAUGGCUACCAGCAUGCCCUCCAGCAGACAUAAAGCAGCCACCAAAGGCUCCAGGAAACCCAAUAUUAAAAAGGAGUCCAAAUCUUCCCCUCGACCUUCUGCAGAGAAAAAGAAAUACAAGUCAACGAGUAAAUCUUCCCAGAAAUCAAGGGAAAUUAUAGAAACAGAUACCUCAUCCUCAGAUUCGGAUGAAAGCGAGAGCCUUCCUCCUUCCUCACAAACUCCUAAGUACCCUGAGAGUAACAGGACUCCCGUGAAGCCCUCCUCAGUGGAGGAAGAAGAUAGCUUUUUUCGGCAACGAAUGUUCUCUCCUAUGGAAGAGAAGGAACUUCUUUCACCCCUCAGUGAGCCUGAUGACAGGUAUCCACUUAUUGUGAAGAUUGACCUGAAUCUCUUGACCAGAAUACCAGGAAAGCCUUACAAAGAAACAGAGCCACCCAAGGGGGAAAAGAAAAAUGUGCCAGAAAAGCACACAAGAGAGGCUCAGAAACAAGCCUCAGAAAAAGUUUCCAACAAAGGCAAAAGGAAACAUAAGAACGAAGAUGAUACCCGAGCCAAUGACAGCAAGAAACCCAAAACGGAGGACAAGAAUUCAGCAGGUCACAAGCCAUCCAGCAACAGAGAGUCAUCUAAGCAAAGUGCUGCAAAAGAAAAGGAUUUGUUGCCUUCUCCCGCGGGGCCCGUUCCUUCAAAAGAUCCAAAAACAGAGCAUGGCUCUCGGAAGAGGACUAUUAGUCAGUCGUCUUCUUUAAAGUCAAGUAAUAAUAGCAACAAGGAGAAUGGUGGCAGCAGCAAAAACAGUUCCUCCACAUCAAAGCAGAAGAAGACUGAAGGGAAGACUUCCAGUAGCUCUAAGGAGGUCAAGGAAAAGGCUCCAAAUAGCUCCUCUAGCUGUCCUUCAUCUACACCAACUCCUGAUGCUUCUAAGCCUCGGAGAACAAAGCUUGCCUUUGACGACAGAAAUUAUUCAGCAGACCAUUAUUUACAAGAAGCAAAAAAACUAAAGCACAAUGCCGAUGCAUUGUCUGAUAGGUUUGAGAAAGCUGUAUACUAUCUUGAUGCUGUGGUAUCUUUCAUUGAAUGUGGGAAUGCAUUAGAGAAAAAUGCUCAGGAAUCCAAAUCCCCAUUCCCUAUGUAUUCAGAGACAGUGGAGCUCAUCAAAUACACUAUGAAGCUAAAGAAUUACUUGGCCCCUGACGCUACAGCUGCAGAUAAAAGGCUCACGGUACUUUGCCUGAGAUGCCAGUCUUUGCUGUACCUGAGGCUGUUCAAACUGAAGAAAGAAAAUGCUCUCAAGUACUCAAAGACACUGACGGAGCACCUGAAGAAUUCUUAUAAUAAUUCUCAAGCACCAUCACCUGGCUUGGGAAGCAAAGCUGUUGGGAUGCCUUCCCCCGUUUCUCCGAAGCUGUCGCCGGGCAAUUCCGGAAAUUACUCUUCUGGGGCCAGUAGCGCUGCAGCAAGUGGUUCUUCAGUGACCAUUCCACAGAGGAUCCACCAGAUGGCAGCCAGCUAUGUUCAGGUUACGUCCAACUUCCUCUAUGCCACGGAAAUUUGGGACCAAGCUGAGCAGCUUUCCAAAGAGCAGAAAGAAUUCUUUGCUGAACUGGAUAAAGUGAUGGGCCCUCUCAUCUUUAACGCGAGCAUCAUGACAGACCUAGUUCGAUACACCCGGCAGGGACUGCACUGGCUUCGCCAGGACGCCAAGCUGGUAGCUUGAACUGAACACAUCCUCGUUGCCUCUGAUUUUCUCCACAACACUGUGUCACGUCACGAAGGAAAACUGCCAUAACAUGCCACCUAGUCGACACUAAGAAUGAGGAAUGGUUUUCUCCUCCCUGGUUCAUGUGGUGUUGUUAUUUAUAACCCAAAGCCAUGAUGUCAGGUGACCCCUUUAAUAUUCCCAAUAUGAAAAGUUAUUUAAGUGUUUUUAAAUCUGCAGCACAUGGAUAAGACGGUUUUAGUGAUCUGGAAGAAGAUUGAAAUUCCAAUUGCAAUUCAUAACUAAUCAAUUGAAAUUGUAUUUAUUUUAAUUUUUUUAAGUUCCCAGAUUGGGGUUAGUUUAAAACUUCGUUAUUUCUGCCUAUAAAUUUACUCUGUUGAACAUUUAGCGUAAAUUUAAGGUAGGCAUUUUUAUUUAUAUACUUGGGGAGCUUUGUUACCUAAUGUCUUUUUGUGGUAGCUCUUCUGAGAGUAAGAGUUGGUUCAUCUAGAUUAUGGACAUGUUCUUUCUGUACCUGCUACCUGAUAUUAUUUUAAAUCUUAACUACAAUUUUAUUGCAGAAUUUACGCUUAGUAUUAAGGAUAUUCUUCUACACAUGAAAAAUCAUUUAAAUAUGAGAAGAUGGCAUUCUACAGAUAGAAGAUGAAAUGUGUCUGAUUUGGUGUGCAUUAUUUCAAGAACUGUGAAUGUGUGUUAAUAACACUAUAACAAUCACAAGGUGACUAUAGCUUGCAUUUAAUGCAUUACAAAAGAGGGCAGGCAAACUUUCUAGGAGAAGGGUAUCAUGUGAAGAGUUUCAUAAAAGGACAAUCUUGAACUUCAUGGAUUUGAUUAAAACCAUGUGUUCUUUUUUGUUGCUAAUAAUUUGACGAUUAAUUGAAAUAGUAAGUUACUGUGGAACAAAGAAUGAUCCACCUCCUGAGGGUUGCUGCCUAUAUCUCUUUCAGUGACUUCAGAAUUCUUAUUUGUAAAAUGUUUUUGCCACACUAGAUUGUGAUGCUCUCCUGGGAGCAUGUAGUGACUGAUGCGGGAAUGGGCUGGAGCUUUGCUGUGGGUGCUUUUGCUAUACAAUUUAAGGUUAUAAUGCCUGAGGUAGAGAUGAAGUUCUCCUUUUAAACUUGUCUUGUACUGAUUCCCUUUGUAUUAUGAAGGCCCUCACCAAUGAUUUAUGUUUCUGAUGGGAUCAGAAAAUUCACACUAGAAAAGUACCUAAUUUGGUUCAAUGUUAGCCCCCGUGGGAAGGGAAGGGGAGCAAGGGUAGAGCUUAAGCCAGCUCUGUAAGAGUUGUAUAUCAAAGUACCUUUCCCUGUAAGGUGCACAUCGGAGUCAAAGGUGAGAAAUGUACCCUCUAUCAUGCCCCUAUCAUGUCUGGUGUGCCUUAAAUCUUACCUUUGAAUGAAAACUCUAUGGAUUGUUUACAGAUGAAGUUUUACACUAGGACCAGAUCACCCAGUAUGGCUGGUCUUUGGCAGUAGUCACGUUAAAUUCUCUUUCUUUUUUAAUCUUCCUUUAGGGUCACAUAAAGAUGAAUUUAUUUCAGAAAAGCUAACGCUUUGGUACAUGACUUAGUCUAACUGGGUAAUGGCUGCUCCAAAAAAAUUGUUUGUCAUUCUCCCCAUUCCAAAAAUGAAUUCAUCCAAUCAGAAAAAAGGAUUGCCCUGCUCUUUAUAGAUGAUUGCUAAGGUUUGAAGUGGGAAAGAAAGGAUAGAAAAUCUCCCAAGCCCAGUGGUGCAGUGAAUCCUCUGUAUUUGAGCUUUUUUUACGCUUAUUUCUGAAGCUAGUGAACCUUCGUUGCCCUGUGGCUUCAUAUUUACAGAGCUUUUGAACUGUUCUCUACCUCAGGUUGUUUUUGCAAUUCGCUGGGGAUUGGAAUCUAGAAAUUAUGCUGAAUUUAAUCUUUUUCUCGGAGAAAUUGCUUCUGAAAUCUUUCUAACUUAAUCUUAUUAGUAUGUUAUCCUAUGUUUUAGGAACAGUUUUCCUUUCGAGGACAACUUCUCAGUGAUUAGGGUAGUUAUUUGGUAAGAAACUUGCCCCUGUUAAUCAAGUAGAGGUAUGUCCUGUCCUCUGAUUGCUCUUACUCUGAUUCCUUACUUGGCAGUGAAGUCUUAGAAGUGGAUAAAGCUUUCACGGCAGCCCGUGGGGCACCUCUGAGUUCCAGUGCAUUCUGAUCUCUUGUGUGUCCUGAAAGGCAGCAGGAGUGUUUCUGGGGUCACACUGAUAUUUUGUUAAAACAUAGUUUCCUGCAUGUUUUAUGGUGCUGUUCUAAGUUAAUUCUCUCUCUGAAACUGUGUUAAUUCUUUGGAAAUGAAUUUUUCAAGCUUUUCAGUGUGGGCAGGGAUUUUCCCACCAGGUGGUAAUGGGCAAUGGAUCAAAAUCCUGUCCUAAAUAAUUGAAUUUUCAGUGUCAUAGUCUGUGGAAACACACACUCCCUUUCCUCUGUGUCCAUCUCCUCAAAAGUUGUCUGUGUCUUCAUCUGCUCCAGCACAUACUUUGGACUCCCUUUUUGGCCACCAUUCCUCCUUCCUCAAUAGGUGUCUUCAGUGUUCUCUAACCAUUUAAAACUGAAUUUGACAAGUGGCUAAAAACUGACUUCGUCUGAGACUUGUACUUAAUAUAUAGUUAAUUAUAGAUAUAGCAACUCUUUAAAAAAAUCACUCUGUCGACUGCUUCUUAAGACCACAUUGUAUGCCAGGAGGCAGCAGCCUACACCCCCGGUCUCUUCACGGGCAGCCGGUGAACAGUGGAUGAGGUUGUCACGUGGUGGUUUUGCCCGGCCUGGGCUGGGCUGUGGGGAGCUCUCGCCUCCCAAGUGAUUCAUCUGCCGCAGUCCAGCCCGGGUCCGGUCUGGCUGGGGAGCAUUCAGCCCGUUUCUUGCCUCAGUGCCACCUUUUCCUGAGCAAGUAGCCAAGAACUAACUUUAUAAGCAGUGAGUACUCCAGAUAAAUCUUCAGCUGUAGUUGCUGAGGAGUGGAGAAGGCUGACCAUCACGAUUUAAUUCUCCAUUGCACAAGCAGUGUAGAGUAAUGUGUGCACGUGCCCACACAUGCCUGUGCUCUGGCUGGCUCCCCUGCUGCUGGAUCCCUGGCGUCUGGGCCGCACUUUGCAUUCACUUGUGGCUUUACUAGAUUCACUGUUGUUGUUGUUUUUAAUUGUUGUUUGUUUCUUUUUAUUAAAGAAAGGUUUAAUCAGCUAAAUCAGACAAGCAUCAUUUUGUAUUUAAUGACAGAAACUUUGGGAACUUCUCUUCAUUGAGUGAGCUUGCAUUGUGAAGCAAGUACCUACAGAAGGCACCUGCUCUAAGUGAAAGGUCUGGUUCUGGAGGCCGGCAGCGCUCUGGAGUUGAAGGGCAGCCAGUGGUCGCUCCAGUCAGUGAGUCAGUGAUGCCUAGUUGUGUAGAGGGGAGGUACACUGUGCACUCUUCUAGGUGUGAGGGUAUGCAGCUUUGGAUUUUAAAAUUAUGUACACAUACACACUUUAUAUAUAUGUAUGUAUGUAUGAAAACAUGAAAUUAGUUUGUCAAAAAUGUGUGUGUUUAGUAUUUUAGCUUAGUGCAACUAUUUCCACAUUAUUUAUUAAAUUGAUCUAAGACACUUUCUUGUUGACACCUUGAAUAUUAAUGUUCAGGGGUGCAAUGUGUAUUCCUUUUAGAUUGUUAAAGCUUAAUUACUAUGAUUUGUAGUAAAUUAACUUUUAAAAUAUAUUUGAGCCCUUCUGUAGUAUAAUAGGGCUCUUACAGGGUGGGAAGGAUUUUAAUUUUCCAGUUGCUAAUUGAAUAAAAUGGCCUCAUUAUGUAUUUUGAAUUAUAGGAGUUUGCCUCUGGGUCCCAGGAACAUCUAAUGGGAAUGACUGUUUUAGGCAGAUUGUGAUGAUUUUUUUUUUUUUUUAAGCUAAUUAAAUUGGGAAGCAAAGCAUUUCACAUCCAUGUAGACUCCUAUCACCCAUAUUCUCUAAUUAUGUGGAGCACAGAUUUCAUUUUGAUUUCACGUAUUAACGUGUUGGAGAGGCAGACUUUUUUCCAGUAAUAAAUAACACUGCACAUCUAAGGUUGCUAUCGUGUAAAAUAAAGAGAAGAGAGAUAAGUAUCAAAUGAUUUCGAAUAUGUAGAGGAAGAGGCCAAGUUGGUCAUGUUCUUUGCGUGCUUCUCUUUCACAUACUCCGUAAUGGAGAGAUUCAGUUUAGACUUCUAGACCUUAGAACCAAGCUGACAAGUGACAGGAAGUAAGUUACUACUAAUAGGUAAAGAACAUGCUGAUUCUCUUCAUUAGAACCUCAUGGUUCAUUAAAAAGAAGUCACUGUCUCUAGAAAAGCAGUGGAAAAAUACUUAAUCUCUUCCUUUUGAUGGAAUCUGGUCACAGAAUAAAGCAUUACAGUUAAGUCCGAACCGAGUGUUCUAGAUGUUUAAGUAUCCUGAAAUAGCAGCCCAAGGUAGUCAUUAUGGAAUGAAGUUGACUUUAGGAAUGUCAGCAUUGACCUCUCCGUGCCACCAUUGCUCAGCUAAGCAUAAAUUGCCAUUCUUAAAAAAGAAACCAAAAAAGCUCUCUAAAUGAGCAUGGGGAAGAAAAGCUCCCACCCAGAAAUUCUAGUAAUCUGUAGUUUUUGACCUGUUACCGCUUCCACGUGGGGUUUCUUUUCAGCUUUUAACCACUGGAAUUUUCUACCUGCUAUUGUUCCUCUCUGGAAAAUAUCUGUUUGGAAAUGCUGCCUUUCAAAUUUCUGCCAUGGUUAUCCAUACCGUUGAGUUUGUUGUUGUUGUUCAAGAAGUGUCCCCAUUUUAUAACUUUAUGCACACACCUGGCAAAUCAUUGACAUGAGCAUUCAACAGUACUGGGGGUGGGUGGGGUGGGGCAGGCGGGGCUCACCACCAGAGCUGGCCCCAUUGGCAAUGCCUGAAAAGGCACUCCUUGGGAGGACCAGGUGUGAGGUUGGUUAGCACGGUUAUGAAAAUUUCUAUCUAGCCUCCGUUUUGAAUGGUUUUAAGAAAUUUUGUAUAUGGAGGAUGGAAAUGCUUAUAUAUUUAUUGAAUCCUUUUAUCUUAUUUGAAAUUAAAACUGGUGAAUAACGGUUUGAUAUUUGGGGAGGGUUUUGGAGGGGAAGUAAUGCCGCUGAUAAAUUAAAAGCCUUGUUGAUUUUGCAGAAAGGUACUGUUAGUGUCUGAUAGGAUGCCUUUGUUUUUGUACAUGAUCCACAUCUUUGUUUUACAUUUCUUUUAUCCAAAAUAUUGAGGCAUCUGACAUUUUUCAACCAAAAUUUCAAUUACAUACUGUGAUUUUUAUUUGUUGCAAUACAUUAAAAUUUCAGAGGUACUUUGGGGCUCAAAAGCUAGGAUUUCUAAGUAUGUGCAUUUCACAUAAUAAAGCUGUUAAUGGUGAGCAAAGUAUUAUAUACUAACUAGAUUUUUCCACAUCUGUAUAGUAUAUUAUAUGUAUUUUGUGGUAUUGAGAUUAUAGAAAGUUUAGAGUGUCAAACAUGCGUUUAAUGUGUAUUUUUAAACAAAUUUAUGGCAAUUAAAAUAUUUGGAGACAAGGGUAUCACAUUUCAAUUUGUAAAGAUCUUUUUAACUCUACUGUGUCAUUAAGAUGCUUUGUAUAAUGCCAAACCAUAGCUGGAGAAACUAAGUUUAAUAAAUAUCAAAUAGAUUUUCUGUA